UUCAUCCUUGGUGCAGAAUGCGCAUGCGCGAUCAUUCAACAACUUUCGGUCUCAGAAAGACGAUAGUACUCCGGAGCGUCAGCAUAAGGCAUGACUGAACAAGGAAAUGGUGGACACACGCCUCCCACCUUUACCUUCAUGGACGAAGCAACCGCGGGUACAAGCCGUGAAGGCGGCGAGGGUGCUUUAGGCACUUCCGACGAUUACCCCCCGUAUGUUGACGAGUACAUCAAUGAUGUUUGGGAGGUGAUGAACAGCCAGACCGAUGCCACAGACAUCAAUGAUGCCACUGCCAGCGGGAGCACCAAUCACACGCCUGUGGAGUCCUCCGCCAGUGCCGAUCACUCCAGGCCCAGUACGAGCCACGCUGGCAUCGAGCAAGUAUCGUCCACUACAGAAGACACCGCGAGACUUUCUGAGGACGCCUGGCGUUACCAGGGCUACACGCAAACCAGGGCGAUUACCGACGAUACUUGCAACGUCGACGGUGUCGCUGACCAUGGCAGCACUAGUUACCUGCACUUGGGGGCCAUCAGCAGCAUGGAUAAUGCAAGGCCCAGCACAAGCCGUGCUGGCAUGAAGGAUGCAUCAGCCAGUUUUGAAGACGGCGCCACGAAUGCUACUGGAACCGGAGAAAGGGAACAGCAAGCGUCCUGCGGUGCCAGUAGAAAGGUUUCCAGCAGACAGGACACCUUACCCGGGCAACCCAACAAACACACGGGUGAUACAGCCCCCACUUUCAGAGCACGUGAUGAAUCAUCUGUCAAGAAUUCGAGCCACAAAUGCGAAACAUGUGGUAAAUUGCUAAGCGGAGCUUUUAGUCUAACUGAACAUUACCGUACGCAUACAGGCGAGAGACCCUUGAAAUGCGAAAUAUGCAAGAAAUCAUUUGCGCAUAGGGGGAGUUUCUAUAAACAUCAACAGAUUCACACAAGAGUGAAACCCCAUAUCUGCCAAAUAUGUACUAAACCGUUCAAUAACAAAGACGGCCUUAUCAGUCAUCUCAAAUCACAUAGUUCCGACAGACCUUUCGUUUGCGACAUAUGUAAUCACUCCUUUAAGUGGAACACAGAUCUCCGAAGGCACCGCAAAAGAACUCACUAGGGUAAAAUCUCGUACGAGUGCAAGCACUGUGGAUUUCGGUCCGCAAAGAAAGGAAACCUAGACGCACAUCUGUGUAAGAAUAUUAGUUGCCAAUUGUGUGUAGAUUCGUUUAGAGACGCAGCUCAACUGAUUGCACAUCACGUGGCGCUUAUGGGUGGGCAAUCGUAACAGUGUGACUAGUGCGCAAGUGAAGUCAAUCGCCCACGUGUUUUGCAUAGAAACGUGACCAUGAAGCCGUGCAGGAAAAUAACGCUGACAUUCUCCUACAGGGCCGAGUAACUAUCUGAACGCACCGUGUCCACAGACGGGCUUCUUUUCACGUUUAAAACUGCUGAGAAACGCAAGGCUUCGAGGAAGGCGCUUGAUUUUUCGAAAUUACGUGACAAAAACGUCGUCUCCAGCAGAAUUUGGGAUGUUGCAAUGUCAAAGUUAACUGCAGGUCCUGACUAGAGCUAACUGUUUGCCAAACUAAGUUGUCUCGCCGACGAAGCUUUAGCAAACUCCUUUCUAGACAAACCCUAAUGGGCUGCAACUUUGUGUUUGUGUAACUAGAUCGCUGGAUGUUCGCACAUGAUCCUUGACUCCUCGUUUAGUUUUGUGCAAGCGUUUUGACAGUGUACUAGUAAAUGAGUUUUAACUAGCCAUGCGUUUAAUGAUUCUGCCGGGCGAAUAGAAGGGAGUACCUCACAUGAGGAACCCUUAAAAAAGGAGGCACUGUGUUCUUGUCAACUAAAAACUAAUAUCUGCUAAUAAUUGAAGGCCUUAGGCCUAGUGGCCUUUCAGAGACAGCUUUCACAAUAUAUAGACACAGGUAUGGUAAAAUUUAUUUCCCUUACAUAUUGUUGAAUACACGCAGUGUUUUUGUUCUCUCCACGACUCUUGUACCCAUACCGAAGAUUUUUGUUCCUUAUCAUGGUGAUGACAACAGUGAGACUGUAUUAGACUGAAACCGUUUGGAGCUUAAAUAUACAUGUUCUUCCACAUCGAGUUUUUUAACUGUUUUUAUAUAUAGCUAGAACCUCUGCCAGUUUCAACGUGCAGUUGCUUAUUCGCUCGUAAGUCGUCUCUUUUGACUUGCGCACCGCUCUAGUUACAGCUGUGGAAUUUUUAAACCUGAUGUGACAAACGUAUCCCUGCGAGCAACUACAGGACGAUUGAGAUACAGGUUUUAGUUAAUAGUAUUGACCCGCGUACUUCUAUAUCUUUUUCCAGUGAACGCGUCUCACAGAAUAACAAAUUUUAAGUUACAACUCAGGGCAUGAGGCACCAGCGUGUAUCAGGACAUUCUGCAAUUGUCGAGCCUUGUGUAAUCAAAUUGCACGCGUACACGCGAAUACAGUUCUGCAUUCAGGAAGACACGUGAGUGCCAAUGAGAACGCUGGAACGUUCUACGAAAAAAUUGACAACAGCCGAUACUCGUGAAUCGCAAAUCAUUUGUUCAACGAUCGACUCGUGUACCCGGCACUGUCGUUCCGCCCGAAUGUAACUUGUUUUGUUGGUUCCGGUUCGCCCAAUAAAGUCUUUCAUGAAUGAAAGUUCUAGCUGUGCUGCUCGCCGUCACUACAACGUGAUAUCGCAUAUAGGUGCGUCGUGGAAACUGAAUAAAACCUACCGCCCGAGUACGGACCUCUGCCCCAGAAGACAAGGAAGAUCGUGGCCCCAGACAACCACCACAGCGAGUGCCCAUGUCACCUGUACCGACGUGUGCUGCAAAAACCAAUGAAGCCACGAUCAUUCGCAAAUCAUUGUUUGGAGAUCUGAAAAGCUGACCGGAAACCUAC